AUGGACUAUGCAAGCUUGAAGGUCACUGACCUGAAAGCUGAACUGAAGAAGCGCGGUAUCCCGCAGACAGGACUACGAGUGAAGCAAAAUUUUAUCGACCGGCUUAUACAGGAUGAUAAUGAACGCGCUGCCGCCCAAUCUGAAACACCAGCAGAGCCAGUUGAGCCUGCGCCCACACCAGCACCAGCACCGCAAGUGACAAAUCCAGUAUACCAAGAGCCAGCGCCCGAACCCCCUAAAGCUCCAGUACCCCAACCGGCACAAUUACCACCGGACCCUGUAGAACAAGCUCCUGUACAACAAGUUUUGGCCACCGAGAUACAGCAGGCAGUUAUACCUGAAGCUGCGCCUGCGCCUGUCACCUCGCAAAAGGUUACAAGCAUUUCGCAGCUUAUUGAACCUGUACCAGCUCCUUCCGUUGCCCAAGCACCCGUACCUACGCCGAAACCUGCGGUGGCGGAAGCUGAGCCAGCUCCCGUGACAGAAUUGGUGGUGGAAGAUAUUACUCCUGCGCAAGCUGUUCCUGCUCCUGCUCCCGCACCUGAACCCAUCCAAGAACCUGUCAAAGAAUCCGUCCAAGAACCCGUCCAAGAACCUACCCAAGAACCCACCCAACAGCCCGUUCAGGACGAAAGCGCGAAUAAGUCUUCCUCCGCGGACGUUGAGGCCAUAAAAGAAGAUACGGAUGAAUCAAGGAAACGGAAACGCCGAAGCCAGACCCCUCCUCCAUCUCCCAGGAGCAUCGCGCUAAAGAAAGCAAGAAUUGAAGUGGAGCAGCAACAAUCUUGGCCACCGCAGGAAGAAAUCAAAACCGAGGGGCACAAGUUAAAUGAAGAUGAGGCUCCUGCCACGGCACCGGUAACUGCAGAACCGCCCGCUCAAGAUACGGAUGUGGAAAUGAAAGAGAGUACACCUCCUGCGCCGGAGCCGAAACGAGAGACUGAAGAGAAUGAGGCUAAGGAACAGGCAGAAACUGAAGCAGUAGGCCAAGAGGAAUCUUCGGAGAAGAAUGAAAAGCAACAUGGGCAAAGGAAACCUGCUGGCGAUGCGCGUUUCAAGGAUCUGUUUCCUGCCACAAAUGGGGCUCCCUUGCGGGCCGAGUCACCUCCCCCCGCUGAAGGCGAUGACCGUAUGGUAUCCCCUGCUUUACAUCCAGCCACCGCCGCUCUAUAUAUCCGUGAUUUCAUGCGGCCGCUGCAACCUGCAGCAUUAAAACGACACCUAUGCUCUCUUGCUGUACCACCAAAUUCAUCUCCAGACCCUGACGUUAUCGUUGAUUUCUUCCUGGAUUCCAUCAAAACCCACUGUUUUGCUAGCUUCACAAGCAUUGCAGCGGCUUCUCGGGUUCGAGCCGCAUUGCACGACGCUAUCUGGCCGGAAGAACGUACCCGCAAACCACUAUGGGCUGACUUCAUUCCAGAAGAAAAAGUGAAGGAAUGGAUAGAAAUAGAACAGGCGCCCGGGAACAGCGGCAGGGGAGGUCCUCGUUGGGAAGUUGCCUAUGACGAGACUGAGGAUGGUAUAAAAGCAAAACUGCAGGAAGCCUCGUCAAUCACCAGCGGACCACCCCGCCCAUACGACUCGGGUCAGGGUUUUGGACGAGAACCACCAACUGGCCCUCGAGCAGAUAGGAUGGGCCCUGGAGGCCGCCAAGGAAGUCAACAGACUGGUACACCUAGUAGCAAAAUGCCAGAACACGGAUUCAAGGCUCUUGACGACAGAUUCCUUUCUACCGUUGCAAAGCCGAAGUUGUACUACCUACCUGUAUCCCGAGAGGUAUCAGACAAACGUCUCGAUCAAUUUGACGAUCUAGCCAGGGCUGGCCCGGUAUCGAAACGAGGCGGAGACGAGAUGUUCAGAUAUACAUUUGAAGACACCGAUCAGUUCGUCGUCCAAGGACCAGAAUAUGGUCCUCGCCGCGGCGGUCGAGGAAGGGGAGGCGGACGUGGUGGGCGUGGUGGAGAUUGGGGGAGCAGCUGGAGAGACGGCCCCUGGAGGGGUAGAAGAUAA